UGAUGUCGUUGUUUUCAUCCCAACCUUUUCUCAGUUCUCAAAGAUAAUGUUAACUUGUCUCUCUUUUCACUGGUUCCUUUUGACAAGUUUCAGUUGCUGAUCAACUCACCUUAAAGGUAGCGAGUUAAAUCAACACAGUUUAUUAAAAGAUAAACACUAAUCCAUUUACCUUUUUGUUAAUCUUUUGUUUUCCUUUUAAUCUCAAACUUUUUCAAUUUGUUUGUCAAUCUAGUUUCCAAUGUUUAUUUCUAAUGUUACCCAAAGAUUAUAACUGUAAAUCUUGAUCAUCAUCGUUCUCAUCAAAUUAAAGAGAGAAAAUGUUAACAAUCAACUAACCAACAGCAAUCGGAGAAAUUAAAUCAACACAAUCAACAUAAAUUUAAAUAGAAAAUCAAAGUUUCCAUAGUGAAGGCGAUUGUUUUUCUCUAUCUCUCUCAUUCUCUUUAAUUGUUGAAUAACAUUUUUCUUUCAUCUUCUUAAUUCCAGUUAAUUGUUCCAUUGAUUUGGAUUGUGUGUUUGUUCAUAACUGUUGAUUGUUUUCUUCUUCUUCUUGCCGGACUAAUCAUCGUUAAUUGUUUGUCUUGUUUAGUUUUAAUUGUUGUUUCACCUUUGGGUUCAAAUAAUGUUCUGUUGGCUAUUGAAAGAAGCCAAAAUGCCCGCCGUUGACGAAACAAACAUUGGCGCUCUCGCCCUUCAUUAUGCCGCUGCCAAAGGUUGUCCCGUUUGUGUUAAAUUGCUCGUUGAAUCUUGUCCCGAAUUAAGAAAUGCCUGUGGUUGUAUUGACUCACUUGAUUAUUGGAAUACUCAUUUACCUGGACAUCAUCAUGGUCCUAAUGGUGAUAACUUUUACCUUCGUUCGGGAGACGUUGGAGUUACAGGAUGUGGAAAUGGUUCUAGUGCCAAUGAGAAUGUUAAUAAGUCAACAGAUAACCUUGUUUUCCCUCGGAAACAUUCAACAGCCACCACAACAAAUUCAACUCCAACAACCGUAACAUCACCUCAUCACCAUCAUCUUCACCAUCACCAUCAUCCGCAUCACCAUCCACACCACCAUCAUCAUCAUAAUCAUAAUCACCAUCAACCAGCUCACAGAUUAAAUUCAGCAGGAAACAGUAGUAAAGCUUCAGAUUCUGGGAAAGAAUCGGUUGCUGAUGAAGAUUCCCUUCUACCACCAUCAACAUCAUGUUCUGAGCCAUUUUUCCUCCAUGAUCCCUCGUGUGUCACCUCAAAUGACCGGGUCAAGAAAUUAUUUCGCAAGAAUCGGCCCAAAGGUCCAUCCAAAGUCUAUGAGAAACACCGUAAACCCGAUAAUCAUUCAAUCAAAUUAGUUAAAGCUGAAGUUUAUACCAAUUCAGAUGAAGGAACAAGUUUAUCGGAAUCAUCUGAUCCUCUGCCUGAUUAUGAUCAUGAUCAUAUUAAAAGUGAUUCAUCCUCAAGUCCACCAGCAUCCGAAUUGACAUCAUCAAUGUCCAGUGGAGUAACUGAAUCAUCCUCAUCUUCAUCUUCAUCAACCAAUAGUGAUAAAUGUAUUUACUCAGAAUUUGAUGAUCUAGAGAAAAGAAUCUAUCAAGAAGUUGAUGAAUUAGAACCAAUUGUUGAUUCGACCAACAAGAAGAUGGAAGAUGAAUCGUCGAAUAACAAUAACAACAAUAAUAAUAACAAUUCUAAUCAUUUAAAUAAUAGUAAUAUUGGAACAAUUAACCGACUCAAUUCAAGUGUAUGUUCAGAAAUUUAUAUUAAAGAUAAAAUCUAUUCAAUCGACUCGCGUCCACUCAAAGUGGCACCAAAUGACCGUCACAAAGAGGUUAAAAAUUUGAUCGCAAAACUAGAUGUCCACGAAUCGACAAACACAACAACAACUACUACUACAACAACAACAUGUUCAUCACCACCGGCAACACUUAAUCGAGCCUCAUCAUCAUCAACAAUCAACCAACUGACCACAACUACAAACGGACCCACCUUGACAUCAACACCAACCGUUAACCAGCAAACUCAGACAACCCCUAGUAUCCAAAGUCAUCAGUUGCCUCCACCUCCACCACCACCACCCCCGGCCAACUUGUUGAUGUCUAAAGAAUCCUCAAAAUUACCGUUAACUUCAUCUUCUUCCUCCUCUUCAUCCGAGUACGAAGAGCCUGGAGCCAAUUCAACAACCUCCAAUGGUGCAGAUAAAAAUCGUAAAAUGAAAACACUCGGAGCCAAACAAUUAGCAUUUAUCCCACCACAAUUUAAUUCACCACCAGAUUCAGAUACUAACAUUAAACCCUCUGAAUAUUUGAAACGUGUCGCAGGUAAAACAAUAUCUGCUGGGCCAAGAUAUGCAAAUUCAGGCUCUGGACCAGGAAUCGGUGGCGGUGGUGGAGGUUGUAAGGAGAUGAUAUUCUUUGAGAAAAGACGAAUCAAAAGAAGCUCAUCAGAAACUCAUCUCUAUCAACCUCAUCUAAAUUCAUCAUCUUGCUCAUCAUCCAAUGAAUAUGAAGCAAUCAAAGAUGACUCACAUUCUUCAGCAUCAUCAGCUUCAACUCAUAAUCUACACCAUCAUCAUCAUCAUCAUCACAUCUCACACCACAAUCUUCAUCAUCUUACCCAUCAUCAUCCACUUCGUCCCUCAUCAUCAGCAACCUCUGAACAUUUAUAUGAAACUUGCCACUCAAAUAAAUCAGGAUGGUCAAGUUCAAUGCGAUCAGAAUCAAGUUGCUCCAGUAGUUCAAGUAAUAACAUUAACUCAACUCUAAACGGCUCUGGAUUAACAAACGGCAAUGGAUUAAACUCUAAAUCCAAUCUGAUUAACCGAAACGGUUUAACUGGAUCUACAUGUAACUUAGGCAAUGGGUAUGUUGGAAUUGCAUCUCCUGGACCAGUUGAAGGUGGAAAGGGAACUUCAUUCAAUGAAUGUUCACAAUCUAACAGCAAAUCAAUUGUUGAGUUAACACCAAUAACUAAUCAGUCCUCAUCUUCAUCAUCAUCAAACUUGAAUGGUAACUGUAACUUUACCGUUACUCAGGAUGAACUCAAGAGAAUCCACCUGAGGAAAACAGUUAAACCUUCAAACGAACGAACAACAGUAUUAUUACAUAAGAAUGAUGUUAUCGCCGAACUGAAAAUGUCCAAAGAUUUGGAUGGAAUCAAGAAGAAAAAAGAACAGGAAAAAAGUCGAGAUGAAGUAAAAGAUAAAAUCGCUGAACUAGCUACUGAAUAUACGGUGGAAAAGUUUCUAGAUAAAGUCGCCACCCAUGAUAAUAGUGGUGUACCAAUUCCUCAAUGGAAAAGGCUCAUGUUAGCCAAGAAAAGCGCUGAAAAAGCUCGUAAAGAAGCUGAACAAGAAUUUCUGAAUGACCAUGAAGCGAAAAGGAUAAGUGCUAUACCCGAAUGGAAGAGGCAAUUACUUAAUCGUAAAGAUGAUUCUAAUUAUGGUUACAUCUCAUCUAACUCAUCCACAACCUCGUCAACUCCAACAGAAAGUCACAGAAUUGAGGAUGAAGUUAAUUCCUCAAUGGAAUCAACUAAUCAAUGUAAUCAUCAACAUCGUCAUCAUCAUGAUCACCACCGAGAAUCAAAUGCUCCUUGGACAUUUGGAUUGAGAAAAACCAAUUCAAUCUAUUGGUGAUUAACAGUAAACAAUCAAAUGAUUUAUUCUAAGUGUCAAUUGAUUGAACUAUUAAAAGGAACAACAAUCAAAUCAACAAUCAACUAAUCGUAAAGAAAAAGUUAACUGUUUUUUUUUAUCAUCAUCAUCACAAUCAAUGGAUUUCAAAGUCACAAUGUUUUUCAAGUUGAUAUCAAAUAUUGACAAUUUAUUUACAGAUGAUAAGUGAUAACAAUUAAGUCUAACAAUCAACGCCAAUGUUAAUCAAAAAUGAAUCAAAGCCAACGAACGAUAGUUAAUUGUAACCCUGUAAACUAAUAAUUUUAAUUCCUUCAAAACCAAUCGAUUGAUAAUUUUUUAAAUUGAUUUUUUUUCUAUUAAUCAUUUUCUACUAAUUUGAUUUUAAUCAAAUUACAUAAUCAUUAAGAUGACAAUUAACACUUUAAAUUGAAGUUGUGAUAAUUUGAGUUCGUAGACAUUCAUAAUUAAGAAAUAGAUUUGAUUGAUUAUUGAUUGACAGUUGAUUAACUAAUUGCUUUUUUUUUGUUUAAUUACAAUAAUGUAAUCAACCAGCUCUCUACUAAUUGAUUUUUAAUUUUGUUUUUUUUUGUUACAAUUUGUUGUGAUUUAUAAUCAAAUCAAUUUAAAAUAUAUAUUAUUUUAUAUCAUUUAUCAAUCAAUCAAUUAUGAAACAUAAAAAAUAUGAUAAAUUGUAGCAAUUAAUUUUUAUCUUGUAAUUGUUUAAUUGGUUAAUUAAAAGAUUUAUUUUAUUUUUUUUGA